AUGUUUAGACAAACCAAGAAGCGUGUUACGUCUAGAAGAAACUUUAGUGAGGCCGAUGGGGUAUCAGGCAGCGUGAUUCUAGGUUCCACCAGCGAGGGCGAGAAGAAGUUGUACGAUACCAUAUACUCAUCCAAGUUGUCUUUCUAUGAGCUCCCACCGCAGGGUGAGAUUACACUGGAUCAAUUUGAGAUAUGGGCAAUCGAUCGUUUGAAGAUUUUGCUGGAGAUUGAGUCGUGUGUGUCGAGAAACAAGACGAUGAAAGAGAUCGAGGUAAUCAUUAAGCCGCACUUGGCCAAACUAAUGCCAUUCAAUACGGACAAAUUUGAAGAUAGAAAGAAGGACUAUUAUUCACAUUUCAUUCUGAGACUAUGUUUUUGUCGCUCCAACGAAUUGAGAGAGAAGUUCGUUAGAGCAGAAACCUUACUAUUCAAGAUUCGUUUCAAUAUGCUUACCAGUAACGAUCAAACGAAAUUUGUACAGUCAUUAAAUCUACCGUCAUUGCAAUUCAUCAGUGACGAAGAGAAGAGGGAUUUGUCACAGCAGCUUUACCAAACAAUCUCUUCACAACUACAAUUCCAAUUGAACUUGAGCGAUGAGAAUCAACGCCAAAGUUAUUUCAAACAAGAAAAGUUUAUUAAACUACCAUUUGAAAACGUUAUUGAACUCGUUGGUACAAGGCAAGUGUUCCUGAAAGGUGGAUAUGCAUACCUUCCGCAGUUCCAGCAGCUAAACCUAAUCUCAGGCGAGUUUUCAACCCGAUUAGCUCAUGAACUAGGCACCACGUAUCGCAACCUGCCCCAUUUGAACGAGGACGAUCGUUUGAUGCCAAUCCUACACCAUUUAUCUUCCGGUUACACAAUUUCCGAUUUCGAACAAGGAGAAUUUGAUAAGCAGGACGGUGAUAUAAACGCGAAGACUGUGUACUCCACAGAGAUAAGUCAGAAUUACCCAUUGUGCGCCAAGAACUUGCUCAAAGGGCUCAAGAGCAGCCAUCAUUUGCGUUACAACGGUCGUCAACAGCUGAGUUUCUUCUUGAAAGGUAUCGGACUCAGCGCAGAUGAAGCCAUGAAGUUCUGGACCGAUGCCUUCACCUCCAAUGGCGGUCAUUUAUCCGUAGAUAAGUUUAACAAAGAGUACCGUUACAGUUUCCGCCACAACUAUGGCCUUGAGGGCACCCGGAUCAAUUACAAGCCUUGGGACUGUCGCACAAUCCUCUCGAAACCCCGUCCCGCUCGAGGCGAGUUCCACGGAUGCCCUUACAGGGACUGGAACGCAGAGACCCUCUCUCUUGAGCUCAAUGCGAUGAAACUCACAAAGACGCAGGUCACAUCAGUGCUCGAUUCAUGCCAUCGCACCGAGUACACCGUCGCAUGCACGCAAGUUUUCGAGUACACGCAUGGUUCGUCCCGCAAAGUCGACGACCAGACGCACAUAACACAUCCGAACCUCUACUUUGAACGGUCGAGACAACUACAGAAAGAGGCCAAACAACAUUCUGUCUAA